AUGGCUCAGUUCCUCACGCUCGGCGGACUUGGCCAGUCCGUAGCGCCACUGUUCAUCAUCGGCAAGGACUUGGGUGUUGCCGCCACAGAUCUUGGGACGAUGAGCUGGUACACUGCAGCAUUCAGUCUAACAAUCGGUGCAUUCAUCUUGCCCGCAGGUCGUCUAGGAGACAUGUAUGGGCACAAACGCAUGUUCAUCAUCGGAUGGAUAUGGUAUGCGAUCACUUCAAUCAUUGUAGGCUUCAGCUAUGCGCCCAAGAGAAACGGCUCCAUAAUGCUCAGUGUUGCACGCGGCUUCCAAGGCAUAGGACCCGCCAUAUUGGUACCGAAUGCCAUGGCGCUCAUUGGUACCACUUUCCCUGUUGGUCUGAAGCGCAACAUGGUCUUCUCGGCAUUCGGUGCAUGUGGUCCCACCGGUUUUGUGUUUGGGGCCAUCUUCUCUGCCCUUCUGUCGCAAUUCGCUUGGUGGCCCUGGGCCUUCUGGGUGCUCGCUAUCCUCUGCGUCGGUAUGGCAGCCCUAUCAUUCAUGGUCAUACCUGCUCCGCUUCCGCGCGAGUUCAACGCCGCCACUUUUGAUUUUGCAGGCGCCUGCACAGGUGUAUCUGGACUUGUCCUGUUCAAUUUUUCACUCAACCAGGCUCCUGUGGUAGGAUGGAACAAAGCAUACAUUCCUUUCACUCUAGGAAUGGGAGUGAUGCUGCUCAUUGCUUUUGUCUACCUCGAGAUGAAUCACGCACAGCAAGCCUUGGUGCCCGUCCGAGGUCUCAGCAAAGAAGCGGUGCUAGCACUCUCCUGCAUCGCUGCCGGCUGGAGUAGCCAUGGCAUCUGGCUCUUCUACCUCUUUCAGUUUGUGCAGCGCUUCAGGGGAUCCACCGCCAUUGCCGCCGCAGCACAAAUAUCUCCAGUGGCCAUCACGGGGGUCGGCUUCGCCAUGUCCGCGGGUUGGCUGGCCCGGAAGUUCAAGACAUCAUAUAUUAUGCUGUGCGCCAUGCUCGGUUUCUUCAUUGGCACUUUGUUCCUAGCUUUUGUGCCCGUCCACCAAACAUACUGGGUCCUCACCUUCUGGAGUGUCCUCAUCAUGCCUAUCGGUAUGAACUGGAGUUUCCCGUCUGGUACUAUCUUGCUCAGUAACGCUAUGGCCAAGGAACACCAAGGUAUUUCUGCUAGUUUGGUGUCUACUGUGGUCAAUUACAGCAUCAGUAUUGGCUUGGGUAUUGCAGGUACCGUUGAGAGGUAUGUGAGCCAGAACCACGGCCCUCUAUGGGGGAUCCGAGGUGCGUGGUGUCUGGCCCUUGGGCUCGAUGCCAUUGGUGUGGGCAUUGCGGUAUAUUUUGUCGUGAUAUCGAGACGGCAGCAAGCGUCAUAG